AUUAAAAUUGAUUGAAAGAAGUGUUCAGCAUGAAUUUCUCUGCAUUGCUACCUCUCAUGGUGAUGCUGGUUCAAGUUUGGCCUUGCUCUCCCAGCAUGCAGAAGCACAGCACUCAAAACACAGAUCAGUCUUUCACAGCAAUUCGAAGAGUGAAACGUGGCUGGCUAUGGGAGCCACUUUUUGCAACUGAGGAACAGAUUUCACUGGUACCUGUGUAUAUUGGACAGCUGAAAUCAGAUUUAGACAAGCAGGAUAACAAUCUAAAAUACGUUUUGACUGGGGAGGGAGCUGGAAGCAUUUUUAUCAUCGAUGAAUAUAACGGCACAAUUUAUGUGACACAAAAACUGGAUCGAGAAAAGAAACCCUUCUACACUCUAAGAGCACAAGCAAUUAACAGGAGUACUCAGCUUCCUGUUGAACCUGAAUCAGAAUUUAUUAUCAAGGUUCGAGAUAUCAAUGAUCACGAACCACAGUUCUUGGAUGGACCUUAUGUGGCCACUGUUCCAGAGAUGUCACCUGAAGGUACUUCGGUUACACAGGUAACAGCUACAGAUGGUGAUGAUCCUUCUUAUGGGAAUAAUGCUCGUCUGCUUUACUGUCUCAUUCAGGGCCAGCCAUAUUUCUCUGUGGAGCCAAAGACAGGGGUCAUCAGAAUGGCUUCUCAAAUGGACAGAGAAACAAAAGACCAGUAUUUGAUCAUCAUCCAAGCCAAAGAUAUGGUUGGGCAACCAGGGGCAUUUUCAGCAACAGCUACUGUUACCAUCAACCUCUCUGACAUCAAUGACAAUCCACCCAAAUUUCAACAGCGACUCUACUAUAUGAGUGUCUCUGAAGAGGCUCCUGUGGGCACCACUGUAGGCAAAGUCUUCGCAGAAGACAGCGACAUAGGGGAGAACGCAGCCAUGAACUAUUUCAUUGAAGGAGAUAACUCAGAUGUUUUUGACAUCAUUACUAACAAUGAGACUCAAGAAGGAAUUAUCUUACUAAAAAAGAGAGUGGAUUAUGAGAGCAGGAGGAGAUACAGUAUUCAAGCAAAAGUUGUAAAUAGGUACAUUGAUGAGCGUUUCUUAAAUGAAGGACCAUUUGAAGACAAAACCAUUGUCAAAAUCAAUGUGGAAGAUGCUGAUGAACCUCCAGUUUUCACCUCGGAGAACUAUGUGAUGGAGAUUGUUGAAGGUGCUAUGAGUGGCUCUCUGGUGGGGGUCGUAACUGCUCGAGAUCCAGACCAUGAUGACAUUCCAGUCAGGUACUCUAUUGUCCACAGUAAGCAUUUAAAGAGAUUGUUCAGCAUCAAUGAACACAAUGGAACAAUCAUUACGACUAAACCUCUGGACCGAGAGAUAGCUUCUUGGCACAACAUAACUGUUACAGCCACAGAAAAAAGGAAUCCUGAAAAAAUUUCAGAAGCAAAUGUGUAUAUCCAAGUUCUCGAUGUUAAUGAGCAUGCACCAGAAUUCCCUAAAUAUUAUGAAACGUUUGUUUGUGAAAAUGCAGUUUCUGGGCAG